CUACACUGUGCGCAGUGCGCACAGUUCUUUUCUUCUUCUUACCGUCUCGAAAAGAAAGGAAAAAUCUUUUGCCAUUUUUUCUCAAUUUUAAUUACUAUCUGCAUUUCCUUAUUUUUUUAAGAAAAAGCUUAGAUCUCUAUCGAUGGCGACUAGGCGAUCUCUGGUUCUGAUUUUGGCGGCGUUUCUGGCGUUUGCCUCCGUGGAUGUGGCGGCGGUUGUUACUUACUCGUCGAAGCUCAUUCAUAGGUUUUCCAAUGAGGCGAAGUUGCUUAGGGUUCCGAGGACCGGUGGCGGAAUUCGGUGGCCGGAGAGGAAGAGCUUGGAGUACUACGAGUUGCUUGUGAACAGUGAUUUGCAGCGGCAGAAGAUGAAGCUUGGGUCUAAAUACAACCUCGUUUUCCCUUCUCAAGGGAGCAAAACGAUGUCGUUCGGAAACGACUUCGGAUGGUUGCACUACACCUGGAUUGAUAUAGGGACACCAAAUAUUUCAUUUCUUGUUGCAUUGGAUGUUGGGAGUGAUCUACUUUGGGUUCCAUGCGAUUGUUUGCAAUGCGCUCCACUGUCUGCCAGUUACUAUAGUAGUCUGGAUAAAGAUCUGAGUGAGUACAGACCAUCUGGUUCAAGCUCUAGCAGGCACGUACCUUGCAGCCAUCAGUUAUGUGAAUCAAGCACAAACUGCAAAAGUUCUAAGCAGCAAUGCCCUUACACUGUUGACUACUACACAGAAAAUACUUCAAGUUCUGGAUUGCUUGUUGAGGAUACUUUACAUCUUGCAUCAGCUGGUGAUCAUACAUUGAACACUUCAGUGCAGGCUCCUAUCAUUAUAGGAUGUGGUAUGAAGCAAACUGGUGGUUACUUGGAUGGGGUUGCUCCUGAUGGUUUGAUGGGUUUGGGACCUGGAGAAAUUUCAGUUCCUAGUUUCCUUGCAAAAGCAGGAUUGAUCCGCAACUCUUUCUCUUUGUGUUUUGAUGAGGAAGAUUCCGGUAGAAUUUAUUUUGGAGAUGAGGGACCAGCCACUCAGCAAUCGACUCAGUUCCUGCCUUCAGAUGGGAAAUAUAUGACCUAUAUUGUUGGGGUGGAGGCCUGUUGUAUUGGUAAUUCUUGCCUUAAAGAAACAGGCUUUAGUGCAGUGGUUGAUAGUGGAACUUCAUUUACAUUUCUUCCUAAUGAAGUGUAUGAGAGAAUAACUAUGGAGUUUGGCCGACGAGUCAAUGCUACAAUCACUAGCUAUCCAGGUUAUCCUUGGAAAUAUUGCUACAAGUCCAGUUCACCGGAGUUACCCAAGGUUCCCUACUUGAAGCUCGUGUUCCCUAUAAACAACAGCUUUGUGGUCUAUAAUCCUGUUUUUGUGGUCUAUGGUAUUGAGGGAGUCUCUGGAUUCUGUUUAGCCAUACAGCCUGUGAAGGGGGAUGUUGGAACAAUUGGACAGAAUUUCAUGACCGGAUAUCGGAUGGUAUUUGAUAGAGAAAAUAUGAAGUUAGGUUGGUCACCAUCAAAUUGUCAAGAUUUAGCUGAUGGUAAAAGGAUGUCCCUUGCUCCUAACGGGACACCAUCAAAUCCAUUGCCAACCAAUGAGCAGCAAAGCACCUCCGGUGGACAGGCAGUUGCUCCUGCCCUGGCCGGUAGGGCUCCCUCCAAACCAUCAGCUGCCCCGACCCGUCUAGUAUCAUCACAAUUUUGUUACUUAAAAUUGUUGCCGCUGCUGUUUCUUUUGCAUGUUCUUGUUUCAUCUUUUCCACUAGAUACUGGCACCACCCAUGGCUGAAUUUCAUUCUCACUUAGCAUCAGGUGUACAUGAUCCAUCUUUCUUUCUAUUUUUCAUCUUUUUUUCUUUCUAUUAUCCUAAUAGUUUCUCUUUCUUUAUUCUGUGUAAUGUAUAAAUAUUUGGAGCAGUCUCGUGGUCUGAUGCCAUCAUUUUUUCCCUGUGAUGGCCGUUGGAUUGAACAGAGGGGCAUUUAGUAUGCAUCAUAUUUACUUUUUAAUUA